CUUGAGGUGAGAAGCUUUUGCUGGCUAGAUCUACUUUGCUGAAUGCUGCAUGAAAGCAAAAUGUACUUUACUGUUCAGUUGAGAGUUCUUUUGUUCCUUACUAGUGCAGUGCUGCUGUGGGCACAACCUGAAGGAGAUGGGCCACUGUGUUCAUCUACUGCUCCUGUGCACUCAACCUGCACUCCGUUAGCUGGAGCUGACUGGGUGUCUGGACUGACUGCUGAUACAAUCAGCUUCUCUGUUGUAACUCUAUCAUGGACCCCGCAUCCGCUCGAGCCUCUUAACAUGCAAGGGACUUACGAGAUAUGGUGGAGAAGAUUCAAAGAAGCCCCUCCUCUUCUUGAAUGGAGAUUAUCACAACAACUUAACGAGUCUAUUUUCAACGCCACCUCCAAUACAUUGAGCAAAACGAUUGACGAGCUGCAACACAACACACCAUAUGAGAUGAGGGUGUGUGUCUCCCCUGCACCCAACCAAACCUCUGAUGAUCCAUCUCCUCCUGAGUGUGGAUACUGUACUCUCUGCUUCCAGACCAAGAAUGCCUCUAUCUGUUUAUUAAGGACCAUAAGAAGAGAAACGUCAUCAGAGGAACUCACUCUCACCUGUGAAGCUUCCAGUGACCCUCCUUCCAACAUCAGAUGGAAUGCUCUAAUUAAUGGAACUAGAGUCCCUUUAAAGGAUAAUUCAGAUUUUUCCAUAGACGGUUCUACAAAUUUCCAAGCGGUGCCCCCUAUUACAAUCAGCAACCUUGAGUAUAAUCCGGACAAUGAGGAGGUUAUGAAUCCCAACUGUGUUAUUGAUAAUGGCUUUGACAUAUUGAAAAUCAGAUACACAUCAUUCACGGAGGAGUCUGCCAACUCCAUUGAGCUAUUGAGUGCCAUGGUUGAGUUCCGAUCAGAAGGAGUCACUCGCUUCACUUGUGAAGCAGCCAGUGAUCCUCCAUCCUCCAUAACUUGGGACACUAGAAUAUCUGACAGCACAAGGGAAGCUUUAGACGGUGGCACAAAUCCAAAUUACUCCAUAAGUGGAUCUGUGGAUGUUGAAGCUAUGCCCCCCAUAACUGUUAGCUACCUUGAGUACAAUCCGGACAAUGUGGACUUCACGGUUCCUGACUGUUUUAUCCGAAACGGUUUUGAUACAUUGCGAGUCAGAAACCCAUCUUUUACUGAGGUCACUCCAGGUCCACCUACCAGCGGAGACAUCUCUUUGGUGGAUGCACGCUUUGAGCUCUUAACUAAUGGCACCAAUGUUUACAUCUGUGAGGUGACGUCUUCCACUACCCUCGAGUUCACGUGGGAAGUGAGGAUGGAAGGAUCAAGAGUCCCUCUCCUCACUGACAACCCGAAUACUCCCUACGUCAUAGUGACUGAUGUGGACUCCACUAUUAGCCCCAUCUUUAGCAGCAGUAGGAUCUUCUUUAGCCCGAACUCCGUGAGCUUCGAUGAUCCGGAAUGUGUAGUCAGGAAUGAAAUGGGCUCACUACUUAGAGUUAGGAUGUCGGAAUUUAUUCUUGUCCCAACUGAUGUCAAUGCUGUUGUUGUGACUCUACCGUUGUGGGCUAUCCUUCUAUUGGUGGUGUUACCUUUCUUCGUGAUAGCCAGUCUGGUCGGAAUGGGGAUAGCAUGCAAAUGUCUGUCCAUCAAGAGAGAAAAGAGAAUAAUAGCAUCCAGCAUUGAGAAAAUGAAGAAUGCUAAUGAUUACACAACAUCUGUACCCCUGAAGGCAGUUUCCAAUAGUGACCCUGACUCUAGCAUUCUUUAUGGGCCGCUAGAAACUGCGCUACCCAGUCACAUGAUAGUGCCCAGCUCGGACAUCAAGGUCUCCACUGUUAUUGGUCAAGGUGAAUUUGGUGUGGUGUACAAGGGAACACUCAACCAGAAUAAUCACCGAGAGUUGGUGGCAGUGAAAACACUUAAAGGCAUCUUUGCGAGUGCUGCUGACAUACAGAGCUUCACAGAGGAGAUCCUGAUUCUCCAACAAUUCAACCAUCCCAAUGUCAUGUCUCUGAUCGGAGUGUGUCUAGGUGCUGACAAAGUGGGAGGGGGUCCAUCCAUCAUCCUACCGUUUAUGUCUAAAGGAAGCUUACUCAACUUCCUCAGGAAAGAAGCCGACCGACUGAGACCCUCAAAGGAUGCUGACGUCACACAAAUUGGAGCUGUUGAGAAAAGUCUUAUUCAGAUCUGUCUGCAAGUGGCCAAAGGAAUGGAAUACUUGGCUAGUCAGAGGUUUGUCCACAGGGAUCUGGCUGCAAGGAACUGCAUGAUUGACCAAUAUAACCAGAUUAAAGUUGGUGAUUUCGGUCUGAGUGAAGAUAUCUAUGCCAAAAACUAUUUUAGACAAACUUCUAGUGAUGGAGUCAAACUACCUGUCAAGUGGAUGGCUCUAGAGAGCUUGAAAUUGGGGGUAUUUUCAGAGAAAUCAGAUGUGUGGUCAUAUGGUGUGACUUGCUGGGAGGUAUUCUCUUGUGGGGAAAUCCCCUACCCAGGGGUCCACCCCCAGCAGGUGCUGGAGCUCCUAGAACAAGGGCAACGUCUCAGGAAGCCGGGAAAUCCAGCAUGCUCCUAUGAAAUGUACUCAGCGCUCCUCUUAUGCUGGGAAGUCAAUCCUGACAACCGCAAAACAUUUACAGAGCUAUGCUCAAUAAUGGAGGCACAGCUCCACUCAAUGUCCGACUACCUGGACCUUAACCUCAUUGCCAACACACAAUUCAGCGACACAACUGCAGCUGUGCCCGAGGAGAGUCCCUAUGAGAUGGCCGAUGAUAGUGCAGACAGGGAAGUCCCUCGAAGUGAUUCAAGAGCCUACGACAAUGUGGCUGAUGAUGCCCAUGACAGUACAAGUGUCGACAUGCUGUAUGAAAGAGCUCCCGAGGACAAUACGUACAUUGGUGUGUAGUUUAGAGAACAGUUUGUUUAGUGUAUGUUCAUUGUGUAUAUAGCAGAUCUUUCAUUUUUGAUUAUGUCCAUUGUAUUGUAGGUGUGAAUUUAUAAACCCUUCCAACUGUUCAAUCAAAA